AUGAGUGUUGAAUAUGAUAAUCCAGUGCAAAAAAUUGCACAAAAUAUAGGAAAAAGGAAAAGUUGUGUAGGUAUUAUAAUUGGAAUAUCUAUAUUUUUUCAAUGUAUUAUUAUAUCUGUUGAUGCUCAACCUUCACCACCUACACUAGGAAGAUGGGGUCACGCGGCUGUUUUAAUUAAAGAUAGUCUUUAUGUAUAUGGAGGUAAAAUUGUACCAAAUCCAACAGUAGAAGUAUUAGAAGAUACAUCAGUUAAUGGAAAUGAAUUAAUGUUAUUAGAUGUUUCAAGUCCAUUUGAUAUAAAAAAUCCACCAUGGGUAUUAUUAGAACAGGGAGAAUUAUCUUUAGCAUUUCAUUCAUGUAGUAUAGGAGGAAAUCAAAACGAAUUAUUAUUUUUGUUUGGGGGAGAACCAAAAGAACAAGCAACAGCGACAAAUUCAUUAUAUAUAUAUAAUACGUUAGAAAAUAAAUGGUUAACUCCUAGUACUCCUAUAGAAAAUGGUCCUUCAAGAAUAAUGGAUCAUACAAUGGUAACAAGAUUAAAUGAUUCGAUUUCUUAUUUAUGGGGAGGAACACCUGUUGGUGGCGAACAACGUGUUACUGCAUUAGGGGAUUUAUACAAAUUAAAUACAAGAAAAACAAUUUCAUGGGAACAAUUACCGGAUGCUAGCCAAAUUGCAGUUGGUAGAUUUCAACAUACUGCCACCUUGUUAAACGAUGGUAAAAUGUAUAUUAUUGGAGGGUCAUUAUCAGGUGGUGAAAAAUCUACAUUGGCUUCCAUGACGGAAAUUCCCGUAUAUGAUGCAAAUACAGCAACUUGGACGGUUCAAAAUGCCAUAGGAAGUCCCCCAAACCUAAGAAAAGCACAUGGAGCAGUUGGAACAGCAGAUGGUAGAAUCAUAAUAUAUGGAGGAGCAACGGCAGAAUUUGAUCAAAUUUUUGACGAUGUAGCAGUAUUAAAAACAGGGGGGAUUAAUUUAGAGUGGUCAAUCCCUCAAAUAUUGGGAGACAAGCCACCGGGAAGAUACGCUCACACAAUGACCAUGGUUGGAACAAAAGUAAUUGUUACUUAUGGUAAGGUAAAUGAUUUUACAUUUGGAACAAAAUUAUUUGUUCUUGAUGCUAAGGAAACUGAAACAUAUACAUGGGAAUCAACUUAUACUCCUACUGAUCUCGAGCUAACUAAUACAAUCCCUGACAUCACUAUAACUUAUCCAAAUGGUACAGAAAGCAACUCGGUAUCUGAAAAGGAAGAUGAAAGUAAUUUAAAAAUAAUCAUUGGAGCAAGCGUUGGUGGUUUUUUACUUUUAAUUUUUAUAACGGGAUUAAUCUGUUUCGUUAGGAGGAGGAGGAAGAAUCAUUCAUUUGCUGCUACGCCUUAUGACAAACAACAAGCGUCAGUACCUCCAAUUGCUGGUCCUGCUCCACUGCACAGUUUAAAUAAUACUUAUGGUCCAUCACCUUUGUCACAAGGUGGUGCUGGUGGAACUACUAACGUUUCUAAUGUACCUUCAUUUAUUCCUCCAUUUGCGACUCAAAAUCGUCAAGAUUCUUUUGGUUCAAUAACUGAAAGAAAAAAUUUAACACCUAUAGAUCAACAUGAUUCUUGGGGAUCAGCUCCAAGUAAUAGUUCACAAUCUCAAUUAGCUCACAUUACUCCUUAUUAUGCUACUACUCCUUCACCUCUUAUGAAUACUCAUUUUCCUUAUUUAUCUCCUCCAACUCCUCCUCCAAAACAACAAAGUGCUUAUUCUACUCCUCCCUCUCCCACGGCUACCCCUACCCCAACCACACCUGUAUUUUUACCAAAAGAUUUUCAAAAUGAUUUUCUUUCUAAUAUUGAUGGUGCGUCUACUUAUAUUAAACCACCGUCUAAUUUACGAUUAGAUUCUGAUUCAAAUACAGCUCCUGCUGAAUUUGAUUUUAAUUUACCUCCCGUGGCUCCAUUAUCAAUUAAUCAUACAUCUAAUUUAGUUUCAUCUCCAACAGAAAUAGAUACAACAGAUACAACAUCAACUUCAACGGAUGAAGGGGGAGGUGUUGGUGGUAUAUUUAAUAGUCCAUUAUUUCGUACUGAAGCAUUAUCUGCAUUAGCUGGUACUGCUUCUGCUGAUGACAGAAAAUUAAGUUUAAGAAGUGUUCCUAGAUUAAAUUCUCCAAGAAAUAGUUCUAGUUUAUCUUCACCCCCUCCUAUUUCUGUUAGUACUAGAAUAAGAAGUGGUACUUGGGAUGGUCAUAACACUUAUGAAGAUGGCAUAACUGGCAGUAGUGUACCGACUUCUCCUAUUGAUAAUAGUACCUCAGAUAAUCAACCUCCAAGAGGAAGGUUAUUUGUGGCAAAUCCUGAUCCUUCUGAUGAAAGUGAAUAA